CAAAAGUAAUUGACAAUACUAAUACUAUUUUAUUAUUAUUUUGUUUAGUCUUCUUCUUCUGGAAGGUAAACGACACCAGAUUCUGAUCGUUUUAAGAAGGUGCAAAUUCCUUCGUUCAUUUCUCCAAAAUUCUUUUCUCCUCUGUUCCUCUCUCUGUCUCUCUCUCUUCCGAAGAUUGAACUUCAGUCUUUGUUGUGCCGUUUCCGACUAGGCUGCUGUGAUGGGGUGGGGAAAUAUCUAUAGAAGACGCAUGAAAGUUUUCACCGUGGCUUUGAUAGUAUACUUUGAUUACAAGGCUUUACAACAAAGAGAGAAAUUGACAAAAAAAUCUAAAAGGGCUGCUUUAUGGGAAAAGGCUCACGAGCGGAAUGCGAGACGCAUCCUCAAUUUGAUAGUAGAGUUGGAAGGUUUGUGGGUAAAGCUUGGGCAGUAUCUAUCUACACGUGCUGAUGUGCUUCCUGGGGCUUAUAUUAGUCUUCUCAAGCAGUUACAGGACUCUCUUCCUCCACGUCCUCUUCAAGAGGUUUGUCGGAGUAUAGAGAAAGAGUUGGGGAAAUCAAUGGAUGAACUGUUCUCAGAAUUUGUGGAAGUUCCUUUAGCAACCGCAUCAAUAGCACAAGUGCAUUGUGCGAUUCUGCUGAAUGGUCAGGAGGUGGUUGUUAAAGUUCAACAUGAUGGUAUCAAGACCGUUAUAUUAGAGGACUUGAAGAAUGCGAAGUCAAUAGUUGACUGGAUAGCAUGGGCAGAGCCUCAAUAUGACUUUAAUCCUAUGAUAGAUGAAUGGUGCAGAGAAGCUCCCAAAGAACUUGACUUCAAUCAUGAAGCUGAGAAUACUAGAACAGUGUCCAAAAAUCUUGGCUGCAAAAAUAAAUCUGAUGAGAACGUGGGCACAAAUCAAGUGGAUGUUUUGAUUCCGGAGGUUAUUCAGUCAACAGAGAAACUCCUCAUUUUAGAGUAUAUGGAUGGCAUUCGUUUGAAUGACUCUGAAUCUCUGGAAGCUUAUGGGGUUGACAAACAAAAGGUCGUUGAAGAAAUCACCCGUGCAUAUGCCCAUCAAAUCUAUAUUGAUGGAUUCUUUAAUGGUGACCCUCAUCCCGGUAAUUUUCUUGUGAGCAAGGAACAUCCACAUCGCCCAAUUUUACUUGAUUUCGGGCUCACCAAAAAGCUGUCCAAUUCUUUCAAACAAGCUCUGGCGAAGAUGUUUUUAGCUUCUGCAGAGGGGGAUCAAGUGGCUCUUUUGUCUGCUUUUGCGGAAAUGGGACUUAAGUUGCGGUUGGAUGUGCCGGAACAGGCGAUGGAGGUGAUAACUGUAUUCUUUCGUGCGACAACUUCAGCAAAGCAGUCUCUUGAAACUGCUAAAGCUUUGACUGAGCAAAGAAACAAGGGCAUGAAGGUUAUACAGGAAAAGAUGAAACUCAACCAAAGAGAGGUUAAACGUUUCAAUCCUAUUGAUGCUUUCCCUGGUGACAUUGUAAUAUUUUCACGGGUCCUUAAUCUACUUAGAGGUCUUUCCUCUACAAUGGAUGUGCGCAUUGUAUAUCUUGACAUUAUGAGGCCAUUUGCUGCAUCCGUGUUGGAAGGAAACAUUGAGAAGGGACCAAAGGUCAAUGAUCAGUGGAUCUAUGACUCGCCUCUUCACUCUAAUUUGGAGGCAAAGAUAAGGCGACUCCUGUUGGAGCUGGGAAACAAUGAAAAAAUUAUGGGAAUCCAGGUAUGUGCCUACAAAGAUGGAGAGGUUAUCAUUGACACUGUUGCUGGAGUGCUCGGUAAAUAUGAUCCUCGUCCAGUUCAACCUGACAGUCUCUUUCCAGUUUUUUCUGUAACCAAGGCUAUCACUGCGGGAAUGUUGCACUGGCUGGUUGACAAUGGAAAAUUGAAGCUUGAUGAAAAUGUUGGAAAUAUCUGGCCAGAAUUUAGAUCAAAUGGAAAAGAUCUCGUAAAGGUUCAUCAUGUGCUUAAUCACACAUCUGGUCUGCAUAAUGCCAUGGCAGAUGUUACUAGAGAAAAUCCUCUAAUGCUGGCUGACUGGAAUGAAUGUCUUAACUGUAUUGCAAAUUCAGUGCCCGAGACUGAACCUGGGCAGCAACAGAAGUACCACUAUCUAUCGUUUGGCUGGUUAUGUGGUGGAAUUAUUGAGCAUGUGUCCGGGAAAAAAUUUCAGGAGAUUCUUGAAGAAGCCUUCAUUCACCCCCUCCAAAUUGAAGGAGAGCUAUAUGUCGGAAUUCCUCCAGGUGUGGAGUCUCGACUUGCAGCCCUCACACUGGAUGCAGAUGAUCUAAACAAGCUUUUUGGGAUUAGCAAUCGUAGUGGCCUUCCAGAAGCUUUCCAGCCUGACAGGAUUGUCCAGCUUGUGACCGCACUGCCUCCUUUAUUCAACAUGCUUAACACUCGACGUGCUAUCAUACCUGCUGCUAACGGACAUUGCUCAGCACGUGCACUUGCACGAUAUUAUGCAGCCCUAGCUGACGGCGGUGUAGUUCCACCUCCACAUUCCUCUUACACCAAGCCGCCACUCGGAAGCCACCCCCAUAUCCCUAAAUUCCCAGGUAAGACGCCUACAAAGAAGAAAGCUGGCAAAAAUAAGGAGCCAGCUACUGCUUCCAAGGCCAAAAACAAUGGUCACGGACAAAAUCCAAAUCACAGCAAAGACUCUGAGAACGGUAAUCAUUACAGAAAUCCAAGCAGUGAUAGUUACACUAGGCUUGUUGGUGAGACUAGUAGUAGCAAUAGAACCGACACUGGUACGACAGAAAGCGUUGUAGUAUCUAAUCCUCGAAGUGGCGAUAAGAUUUUUAGGAACCCUAGAAUUCAUGAUGCAUUCUUGGGUUCGGGUGAAUAUGGGAAUUUGGCUAAGCCAGAUGGGGAAUUUGGACUGGGUUUUAAGAGGUACUACGCAAAGGAUAAGUCGUUUAUCGGGUUUGGGCACUCGGGGAUGGGCGGGUCAACUGGAUUUUGUGAUGUGAAGAAUAGGUUUGCCAUUGCUGUGACUGUAAACAAGAUGUCGUUUGGUGCUGUGACUUCAAAAAUAAUUCAGUUGGUUUGCUCGGAGUUGAAUAUUCCAGUGCCAGAGGAUUAUUUAAGAUCAGUUGAAAUUGGACCAGAUGGCCAAUUGAAUGUAGGUAGACCUAUUAUUAAUUGAGAAACGGGAAAAUUCUCUCCCUUCACCAUAAUUUUUUACCUGAGAUGUACCUAAAUUGCAAAACUAAAUUUUUUUACCUUAUACCCGAAGGAAAACUGAAAACAUAUAGACAGUAACUGAUUUACUUGUAUAUGCACAUGUUUAUACUGUAUUGCUGAAAAGGAAAACUAUAGAACUUAAUAUAGUAAUUUACACCGUUCAUUUUCUUCAUUUGUUUCGGUUUCUUUAUUUGCUUGUGUGAUAAAAGAUGGGAAGCGUAUGUCAGGUUCAAAUUUUGUUAUGGAAAUGUCGGACAGUGGUUUUAUUGCCUAACAAAAAAAAAAAAAAAAAAAAAAAGAAAGAAAGAAAGAAAGAAAGAACUUGUGAUUUGAUAUGCGAUAGUUUUCUAACAAGAAGGGAAAAGUGCACACAAUUACUAUUA